UUGGUCCUCCGAGCUUUUCGAGUCUGCUGCUCCACCAUUGGAAAAGAUGGCUGCCUCGGCUCCAUCAGCGGGUUUCUCCUCCGAUUUGUGCCCAAGCUACGCCGUGAUAUGCUCUUUUCUAGAGCGUUAUGGAGCUUUGCUGGAUCUACCGGAGCUCACAUUCCCGCAGUUGGAGAGAUAUCUCCAAGACACAUCUUCAGUUCCAAAGCUCUUGGUGGACCUUCAUGUGAAGUUGCUGAGGAAGAUUGGCAAGUCGGUGUCCGCAGACAGAUGGGAGAAGUACAUUGUGAAGGUGUGCCAUGAGUUCAACAGUACCUGGGCAUGGGAACUUGAAAAUAAAGGAUACAAGGACAUGUCUGUGGAGUGCAAGACUGGAAUCCUCAAACACUUAUGUGAGUGCCAGUUUGAUGACAAUGUCAAGUUCAAGACUGCAAUUAAUGAGGAGGAUCCCGAUAAGAUGCGGCUCCAUCCCAUUGGCAAGGACAAGGAUGGCCUAAUGUACUGGUUCCAACUUGACCAGGAUAACAAUGUGAGGGUCUAUGUGGAGGAGCAGGACGACCUGGACGGGUCCUCCUGGAAGUGCAUUGUCAGAGACAGAAACAGCUUGGCUGAGAUCCUGGCACAGCUGAAGACUCAAAUCGACCCAGCACUGUUGACAAAGAAAGAAGGAGAGGAGGAAGAUGGGAACAAGAAGACUGGGGGAGAAGGGGAAAUUAAAAAGACAGAGGAUACCUCGGGGGAUGAAGAGGACAAACCCUCCAAGGAUACAGUUUCUUUAGUGUCCCCUAAAACAGAGAAUACAGAAAACAAAUCCCCAAAAGAGGAAUCAAAGCUGGACGAAUCAGAUGCCAAAUCCCCAUUGAAUGGCCUCAAAGACAACCAAGUCGAGUCAGAGUCAACAAGACAAUCCGAGAAGCCAAUGGUGGAUGACAAGGCCACCAUUAACACCCAGGCCAUCAAAGAAGAGCCGAUGGAGGUAUCAGAAUCCAAGGAGAGUACAGCCACAAGCGCUACAGAGCCUCUUGCGGAGAAACAUUGUGUGACGCCACAGACAGAACAGACUGAGGAAGCCAAGAGGAAGACUGCAGAGGAACUCCAAAGGGUGAUGAAGAAUGACCAGCAGGCCAAAAUCCCCUUGAAAAAGAGAGAGAUGAAACUUAGUGAAGAUUUUGAUAAUAGCAGUGGUGGUGGCAGUAGAAUCAUGGUGCGUAACCCAUCUGUUGCUCCUGUCAAAGAAGCUCCUAAAGUUGAGGAGACAAGUAAAGAGGUCUCUGUUGCCCUGGUGGGGACUAUGGAGAUUAAAAGCGAUCAAGUGAAUGGUGAUGCUCAGCCUGUCACAGAAAAAAGUGUCAAUAAGGGGAUGAGAGAAUCUCCUAAAGAGAUGGGAAUACAGAGAGAAUCUGCUGACAGCAAAGAACAGCAAACAAAAGUUGUUGCUAGGGAAGAAUGUGAAGCAGCAGAAGCUAGUGAAAAAGAGAAAACAAAUCUGUCCCUGGACAUGGACAAAAAGGAAGGGGAGAUGGCAAGCAAGGCUGAGGAGCCCAUGGAGGUGGCCAUGGCUGAUGAAACUAACCUACAGAAAACUGUUCCAGCCCCAAAAGCAGAGAAAGAAAGCACUGAAGCACUGAAAAAAUCAUCCCUAAAAGAGGCUAAAUCUUCAUCUCCUCUGACAAAGCCAUUGACUUCAUCUAAGGAUGCAACAAGCACACCGGAAAAGUCCUCUGAUCUUAAAGAGGAACAAAAAGUCAAGGUAUCCAAGUGGGAUGUGAAAGUGCGUCGUACAGAACACAAGACAUCCACAUCAAUAGAAACAGAUAAAAACCCUUUAUCUAGUAAGUCACAGAAACCAGAUGAAACUAAAGGAACAGAUUCAUCCAUUGCAUUUCAAGAGGUAAAUUUGGCUGCCUUGAAGGAAACAGUUGUCCCUAAAGACAGUUGUCCCCUUUCUGUAGUGAAAGAGAUGGAAAAAACAUCCAUUAUAAAAGCCACAGAAAAGUUGUUGAACCCUAAAAACCCAGAAACAUCAGUCAUCACUAAACAAACCGAGAGACCUGAUCCCAUUACAGAUAAACCAGAAAGCUCGAAACACCCUGAGUCGCCAGCAGUCAUAAAAAAUACAGAGAAUCCAUCUAACAAAGAGAGUGCAGAGAAAUGUGAUGGUUCUAACGAUAUUAAAACAUCUUCUGUCAUUAAAAAGACAGAGAUUUCAGAAAAGAGUAAAGAUGCCAAGAACCUGGCCAGCUCUAAAGAGACCAAUACGUCCUCAUUCCUUAAAAAGGCAGACAAACCAGUUCCCAAUAAAGAAGCAGAGAAACUGGAGAGCACUAAUGAGACUAAUAAAUCGUUGGUCAUUAAAAUGACAGUGAAACCAGAGGCAUCUAAACAUACUGAAAAAUGUGAUACCCCUAAAGACAUGUCAGCUCUCACCAAGGAGAAACCUGCUGUCAGUGCUGUAAGCACACAUACAAAUGUUGCCCCUGAGGUGAAGAAAGAAAACGUCCUGGAGAAAGACUCUAAGAAAACAGCCAUCUGUAAAGAUGAGACAAGAGCUGUUGCAGCAGUGACUGAGAAACAAUCUGUCCCUAAAGACGUGGAGAUGGCAGACAUCUUUGAGAAAUCAAACCAAUCACAACUGGAAGGACCGAAAAAGGUAGCGAAAUUGGGGAUCCCUAAAGACACGUUGAAAUCGACAAUGCCUAAAUACGCAGAGAAAUCCACUAAAUUGGCUACGCCUAAAGACGGCGAGAAAUUGGCUACGCCUAAAGACGGCGAGAAAUUGGCUACGCCUAAAGACGGCGAGAAGUUGGCUACGCCUAAAGACGGCGAGAAGUUGGCUACGCCUAAAGACGGCGAGAAGUUGGCUACGCCUAAAGACGGCGAGAAGUUGGCUACGCCUAAAGACGGCGAGAAGUUGGCUACGCCUAAAGACGGCGAGAAGUUGGCUACGCCUGAAGAUACAGAAAAAUUGCCUACAUCGGCUACGUCUGAAAAUGCUCGGAAAUCUGCUACCCCUACAAACGCUGAGAAAUCGGCUACCCCUACAGACGCUGAGAAAUCGGCUACCCCUACAGACGCUGAGAAUUCCGCUAAAUCGGCUACGCCUAUCCCUAAAGAUGCAGAGAUAUUGGCUACUCCUGAAGAAGCAGAGAAAUCGGUUAACACUAAAGACACUGAGAAAUCGCCUACCCUUAAAAACACAGAGACUGCUUCUAAAAAGAUUGUGAAAUCUUCAAUCUGUGAAGGACAGAAACCAGAUGCCUCUAAAGAAAAUGAGAAACUGGCAGACAUAAAGCCAGCUGCAGCAGAAGGAGAGAAACAUGUCGCCUUUGAAGAUUCCAAGCAAUUACCUUCUCUCAAAGAGUCUGUCCCAGUGGGGAGGAAACGGGAAGAGCCUAUGGAAAUAAGUUCGGAAAAGUCAACAGAUGUAAUUAUUAGGGGACAUGCCGAUAAAGGCUGGACAAAGUCUGUUAAAAGUGGAGAGAAUUCUGAGAGCGAGCCUCAGAAGACUCAAACCUCAGAAGACUCAAACCGCAUAGACUGUAAUGCACCAUCAGAAAAACAGGCUACCAGCAAGAAGGCAUCUCUCACUGAGGCUGAAGGUGAGACAGACAAAAGCCAGGACAAAGUAAUCAAGGAAGAUGCCACAACACAGGGAUGCCCUAAAGAGAAUGAGAAGGAAGAUGAUCAGGCUGAGAAAGAUGACAAAAUGGAGGAUGAUGGUGCUGAGAAAGAUAACUCAACUGCAGCAGAGAAAACGGGUGCGGCAAAAGCAAGUAAAGGGUCUGAGAAUAAAGAGGAUGAAAAAAAGGAUGCAGGAACAACAUCAGAGAUUCAAGAGGAGGGGAUUCGUCUGAAAAUACGGGGGAUUACUCAUCGAAGGAGAGCUGAGCUCCAGAGAACGGAGAGGGACUCUGGGUCCGAUACUGGUGAGACUGGGAGAUCCCUGAGGAGGUCACCCAGGAUUUGCAGGCCAACCGCUAAGGGGGUGGAGUUCCAGGACAGGAGGCUGGAGAAAAAAGAGACCACGCCCCCUGAGGAGAAGGAGGACGAGGAAGAGGAAACUGUUCAGAGGAAACCAAGAGAAAAGGUUGAUCAAGAUGGACAGUCCAAAUCUAAGGGGCGACGGAGGAGAAAGACCCGGUGGUCCAACACUCGAACACGAAGGCGCAAAAAGAAUGGUUCUGGUGAUGACAAUGAAAGCGAGUCAAGCGAAGAGGAGAGUGAGGAGGACGACAGUGAUGAGAGCUUUAAGGUGGAGAAGGGCAAGAGGAGGUGGAAGAACCGGAACAGAGAAAGGCACAGCGACGACUCUGACACCUCCUCGGAUGAUGACCUCCCUCCUAACGAAGAUCCCUGCAAACACUGCGGCCUCCCCAACCAUCCCGAGCUGAUCUUGCUAUGUGACUCGUGUGACAGUGGCUACCACACGGCCUGCCUCAGACCCCCUCUCAUGGUCAUCCCAGAUGGGGAGUGGUUCUGUCCACCUUGCCAACAUAAGCUACUCUGUGACAAGCUUGAGGAGCAGCUUGCUAAUCUCGAUGCUGCCCUGAAAAAGAGGGAUCGCGCUGAGCGAAGAAAAGAACGUUUGGUCUAUGUUGGAAUAAGUGUCGAAAACAUCAUCACUCCCUCUUUGGAGGUAGAGGAAGAAAAGGAGGAAGAAGUGAAGAAACAGAAGAAAGAGAAGAAAGAGAAAAGCAAGAGCUGGGGUCGAAGGUCGACAAGGGCAAAGAAAAGCAUAAGUUAUAGGUUUGAUGAAUUUGAUGAGGCUAUCGAGGAGGCAAUUGAAGAAGACAUCAGAGAGGCUGAUGGUGGAGGAGCUGGUCGGGGCAAGGACAUGGCCAACAUCACAGGCCAUAGCAGAGGGAAGGACAUGUCCACCAUCCUGGCAGCAGGAGAGGUUGGUGAGGGCAAGGAGAAUGGACGCCCGCCACGGCCAAAUGCCGGCCAGCGCAGGAAGAAGCGCCGGCGUCUCAACGACCUGGACAGCGACAGCACUGUGGAGGAGGAGGAAAGCGAGGACGAGUUCCGUCUCAGUGACAGUACGGAGGAAGAGGAGUUUGUGGCGUCAGACAAGAGCGACGCAGAGAGCGAAGCGGCUGUCGACUCUAACGACGACAGUGACUUCGGCAGCACGCGACGCAGAACUGCCAGGACAAGGAGGCCGGCCAAAUCUCAAAGGAGCACUCGGCCGCGAAGGCGCCGCAGAGCGAGAGGGUACUCAGACGAUGAAGAGGAGGAGACGAGUGAUGAAGAUGAGGACGAAAUGAUGUCAGAGGGUUCCAGCGAGUUCAGUGACAGCGACCUGGACUGUAGCCAACGCCGAUCCCGCCGUAGUCAUACAAAGAAGCAGGUCAACUACUGCGAGUCGUCCGGCGACUCCGACGGCUCAAAGGCCGGCACCAACCGGGACAAAGUCAAACCGCGGAGGCGCCUCGCCAGCUCCGACAGCGAAGCAAGCUCCUCCAGAGGCUCGGACGUGGGCAAGAGGGAGAGGACUAGGUUGAAGAGGAGGGCUGACUCGUCUGAGGAAGAGUCCCAGCAGCGCCGCAGACGCCUCUCGCUGAAACGGAGGCGAGCCUCCGAGGAGGAUGAUGAUGAUGAUGAUUCCGACGAAUCAUCGGAGGGAGAGCGUCCGGUCCGCAAGCGUGUGAACCGCAUUGACUCGGACGACUCUGACGAGGAGGAGAAGGAAGAAACAAAGGAAGAGGAGGAAGGGGGUGUGCUGGGGAAGGGAGCCAGUCCGUUGGACUACAACCUGGUGGAGCUGCACCCCCCUACCAACGGACAGAGUCCCAUCAAGGCCCUGGAGGGCCUGGCUCACAUUGGGCCCCAAAAACCUGGAGCCACAGCCGUCACCAUAGCGCCCAACGGACUGGAGUUGGCGCCACAGGACGAUGAUGAGGACGACUUGCUGGGGGUCACAGACCUAGUGGACUUUGUCUGCAAUAGUGAUGUGUUGUAAAACCAAGUUGUACGUUUGUUCAUUUCUGUAGUAUUGUAUUUUUUUUAUAUUAUGUUUUUUUUCUCCACUGAAGUCGUCCACCGUUUAUUCCUGUCCUCUUGUGUGUUUUUUUUUUUUUUUUUUCCCCAAUUCAUCCUCGUCCCCUCAGUGUGGCCCCAUCCAUCCAUAUGAACUGGAUGCCUUACGGGGAGAAGUUAAUUCUCUUCACUCUUCGCACCUCUCGCAGUUGGAUUGUACAGUCAUUGAGAGCACUAACUCUAAAGGUUGUUUUGUGGCACGUGAAUUAGCUUUGUCUUAUCCUCCAUACUUCGUCAUCAAUGGACAUGCGGGUCAGAUACUUGACGACAAAUAAACCUACCUGUUUCUCCAGCCAACUUCCAGGGUUUCCUACUCAGGGGUAUGUCCACUGCCCCACAUGACCCCACCAUACAAAGAAUCCAUCUCUCAACUUCAUGAUUUUGCUCAUCAGGCCCCAAAACAGAAGAAUGCAGACAAACUGGGAGGGACUAACUAGACUUGUCCAAUAAACACUCAUUUUUGUUUUCUGUUGUGUGACUUAAUGAACACGACCCAUGAAAACCUGUUCUGCUGAGAAGCUCCUCAGUGUUCCUGCCUGGGAAAGAGGAUGUCUUAUUGUAGGAUAUAAUUAAUUGUUUGUAGGAAGUGAUGUGUUUUAGCUCAGGUGGGCCUGAGCUUCAGCAAACAAAAGGAAUGGAGGGGUGCUCAACAACGACAAAAGUCACGAGAAUGGCUGACCAAGAAUUCAUUUUUUUUUAUUGGUAAGUCAUUCUUGUAGAUUUGUAUUGUUUAGUCUGUAUACCUCUUGUAAGAUUUCUAAAUUUGUAUAUGAGAAUAGAAGAAGGCAGAGGUAAGGGGUCAAAUUGCUUCCAUUUACAACUUAAAGUGACAGUUUGUGGAUCAGCUGCUGGAAACCAAUCAUUGUUUUUAUCCCCCACUCUUUUCCCCAAACAUUUAAUAUUAAUGUCUUUCACUUUUUUUGAUAUUUUAAUUCUGCAUUUUAAUCCUCAAACAAUUUAUUUGUUUUGAUGUGUUAAAUUAUAUUAGUCAGUUGUUUGACUAAACCCUUAAGCAGGUUUCCCACCCACAUUCAGACCAUAUACAACAAGCAUUGGAUGAAAAGCAUGAGCGCCACAGUUUCCCUUGAGAAAACCGGACACAGAACCAUCAUCAUCAUGCUUGAAACAGCUUUUUUUUUACUAGACAGAUUGGGUGACCAGAACCCACAACCGUUCCCAUACUUGUAAUUACAAUCUCCAAAAGAGUAUUUGUCACAGAUUUGUUAAAUUGUUUUUACCCAAAGUAUUGUAAUGUUCUACUGUCACGUACAGUUGAAGUAGGAGGUUUACAUACACUAACAGGCUGAUUACACCGCUCGCGUCACGUGUGCUGCAAAAUACAUUUAGAAAUCUAUGUUAUUCAAUUAUUGCACCCACACUGCUUGCUCGCGCUAACAAGCGUCUGCGUUGCCAAGGGCUAAAAUAGAAGUCAGUUCUAUUUCUGACGCAGAUCGCACUGCAAGUCCUACCUCUCCCAUCUCCUCAUUGUUUUAUAUAAGCAGGUACCCACGUGGGAUUUCCUAAUUGGUUAUACCCACGUAGGUGACUGAAAGACAAACACGGUCAGUGGCGGUAAUGCGCCGGAUUUUAUGGAAGUUGCCAAUCGCAAUAUAAAGUCAAGAGAAUAAAAAGCCUGGAGGAGAGAUGACUAGAAAUUAUUUGGUUGACCGUUUUACAUGUGGAUUAAUUGGAGGAGUAGAGGACAAUGUGCAUUUCAGGUAAAAUAACUCGAUGUUUAUAUCCCAGGACAAAUUAGCUAGGAACAGGAAGCUAGCUAAAUCGGACAAAUUAUCUAGCAAGUGCAAGCUAGCUAGCUAAAUUGACAUAAAUGGUUAAUACCUUUCGACCUGUCUCCAAAUUAAUAUAAUUGGUUCAGAGUUUGUUUUGAUAUUUUAACCUGCGUGUCACGAUCGCGUUUGGUGUGGGGGUACAAAAUACAAUUACGCACGAUGGCGCACGUGCGCAGCCGGUUUGGGAUCCGUGUUAGGUUAGAGUCGUUAAACUCAUUUUUAAACCACUCCACAAGUUUCUUGUUAACAAACUAUAGUUUUGGCAAGUCGGUUAGGACAUCUACUUUGUGCAUGACACAAGUCAUUUUUCCAACAAUUGUUUAGACAGAUUAUUUCACUUAAUUCACUGUAUCACAAUUCCAGUGGGUCAGAAGUUUACAUACACUAAGUUGACUGCCUUUAAACAGCUUGGAAAAUUCCAGAAAACGAUGUCAUGGCUUUAGAAGCUUCUGAUAGGCUAAUUGACAUCAUUUGAGUCAUUUGGAGGUGUACCUGUGGAUGUAUUUCAAGGCCUACCUUCAAACUCAGUGCCUCUCUGCUUGAUAUCAUGGGAAAAUCAAAAGAAAUCAGCCAAGACCUCAGAAAAAUAUUGUAGACCUUCACAAGUCUGGUUUAUCCUUGGGAGAAAUUUCCAAAACCCUGAAGGUACCAGGUUCAUCUGUACAAACAAUAGUACGCAAGUAUGAACACCAUGGGACCACGCAGCCGUCAAACCUCUCAGGAAAGACACGCGUUCUGUCUCCUAGAGAUGAAUGUACUUUGGUGAGAAAAGUGCAAAUGAAUCCCAGAACAACAGCAAAGGACCUUGUGAAGAUGUUGGAGGAAACAGGUACAAAAAUAUCCACAGUAAAACGAGUCCUAUAUUGACAUAACCUGAAAGGCCGCUCAGCAAGGAAGAAGCCACUGCUCCAAAACCACCAUAAAAAAAGACAGACUACGGUUUGCUACUGCACAUGGGGACAACGAUCGUACUUUUUGAAGAAAUGUCCUCUUAUCUGAUGAAACAAAAAUAGAACUGUUUGGCCAUAAUGACCAUCAUUAUGUUUGGAGGAAAAGGGGGUAGGCUUGCAAGCCGAAGAACACCAUCCCAACCGUGAAGCACAGGGGUGGCAGCAUCAUGUUGUGGGUGUUCUUUGCUGCAGGAGGUUCUUGUGAACUUCACAAAAUAGAUGGCAUCAUGAGGUAGGAAAAUUUUGUGGAUAUAUUGAAGCAACAUCUCAAGUCAUCAGUCAGAAAGUUAAAGCUUGGUUGCAAAUGGGUCUUCCAAAUGGACAAUGACCCCAAGCAUACUUCCAAAGUUGUGGCAAAAUGGCUUAAGGACAACAAUAUCAAGGUAUUGGAGUGGCCGUCACAAAGCCCUGACCUCAAGCCUAUAGAAAAUGUGUGGGCAGAACUGAAAAAGCGUGUGUGAGCAAGGAGACCUACCAACCUGACCCAGUUACACCAGCUCUGUCAGGAGGAAUGGGCCAACAUUCACCUAACUGGUUGUGGGAAGCUUGUGGAAGGCUACCUGAAAUGUUUGACCCAAGUAAAACAAUUUAAAGGCAAUGCUACCGAAUACAAAUUGAGUGUAUGUAAACUUCUGACCCACUGGGAAUGUGAUGAAAGAAAUAAAAGCUGAAAUCAUUCAUUCACUAUUAUUCUGACAUUUCACGUUCUUAAAAUAAAGUGGUGAUCCUAACUGACCUAAAACAGGGAUUUUUUACUCUGAUUAAAUGUCAGGAUUUGUGAAAAACUGAGUUUAAAUGUAUUUGGCUAAGGUGUAUGUAAACUUCCGACUUCAACUGUAUAUCCAGUUUUUUUUUAUCAAAUGUUUUCAAGUGGUAUUGACUGUUUUUAAUUAAUUCAUUAUUGAUACGAAACAAUAUCAAGGCAGCUCCUCAGUGCAUCAUGCCAAAUUACAGGUGUCAUUUAGUCCACAUUGAAAUCUGUUAACCACCACAUUUACAAGACUUUCCUUUUAAAUAAAAGUUUGAUUGUAUAUAAUGUGACCAACUAGAGUAGACCCAUCCUGGUCUUCUCACAUCUAAUGUGUGCGCAUGCACCUGUUUCUAAAAACCCUAGUUUAGUUUUUCUAUACUGUAUACAUAUAUAAAUAUUAUUUUAAAGUGUGUGCUGCCACACACUUGCCCAUGUUUUAGACAAAUGUUUUAAUAUGCUAAUAUUUAAAGGGAUUUGUUAUGUGUGAAAUCACUGAGUAUUUACAGAAAACUCUGCCUAUUUUCUUUGUCCAUCAAAUCGUGAGACUUUAGUAUAACCAUGUCAGCAUUUUAACCAUUAUUUUACGUUGCAUUUUUCUAAUGUAUUUCUUUCUAUAUCAAACCCUCCUUCACGUGUGUUGUUUUUCUCCCUAGCAAACCAUCAAGUGGCAUAAUGUUUCCUAUGUACCUUCUAGUCAAUACUGUGUGUAGGUUCAAAACCUGGAAACUAGAUGUACUUACCGAGUACAAAUAACUACCUGUCGUUGUUCAUCAGACUAUUUUGAAGUAAUUAUUUUUGUCAUUUUCUUCCCUGGUCUUUUCGUAACCCUCUGCCACCACCGGUGUGCAGUGUUGAUUGUAGAGAACACUACACUUGCUCUAGUCUCCCCUCUACAUCUUACUGAAUCAACUAAAUAAACCUCUCUCUGAUCUUAGAAAGCCUAUCCUUUUGUCUGUUCUGAAAUAUGAGCUAAUUUUGGUUUUAAGGUUACAUUUUGAGGUCAGUUUAAAUCAUCAUUCUGGGCCUGUAUUCAGAAAGUGUCUCAGUAGGAGUGCUGUCCAUAUAAUCUUAUUCAUUAUUAUCUACAAGGUAAAACUGAUCCUAUAUUAGCACUACUAUUCUUAGUCUCUGUGAAUACAGGCCCUAGCCUCGAAUCAAGAGGAUUAUGAAUUGAAGGCAUGCUGGAUUGAUCUUUGUUUGGAAAAUGGUCUAGCAAAACCUCAGUAGGAACUAAAUUGACGUGUGUAUGUGUAGUUUUUACUGUAAUAGGCCUAUAUAUUUAGAGGCUUUUUUUUAUCAUGGAAAAAACUAUUUGGCAAUUUUUUACAAUUGUGUCUCUUUAUAAUUGUUUUCCUUGUAGAGGAGUUGUGAUAUUGGCACAACUGUUUUGUAAUGAAUUAAUCGGAGACCUGGCAUGUUUUGUUGGACAUCACUUUGUUAUGUGCAGACCUAUGCGCCGACCGCCCUACGGAUUUGCGAGGUUCAAUAACCACAGACCUCUAAAUUCCUUUGCUCAGCAGUGUUCAUUGAGUCCUGCUACUGGACAGGAGAGCAUAAACCAACCACUGGAGGCAUGGACAAUACCUGGGAGGACUGCUGGGUUGUGUUCAGUAGGCACAAAAUGGAAGAAAAUGUGGUGAAUUGGGGAGAUAACUGAACUUGUCCAAUAAGAAACGCUUGUUUUUGUUUUCCGUUGUGCCCCAAUAAACAAGACCCUCGUCAGAAUCAGGAACAGUUCAAGAUAAAUGCGCUCCAAUUAAGAAAUUAGGCCUGUUUUGUAAAUUUGUAUUUUGUAAAAUAGUUUUGGCAUGUGUUCUUCACUGAUGGUAAACUCUUAUUUUUGGUUGAUCACAAUGUUUGAUACAGUUUGAAGUAAAGGAUGAUUUCCAAGGCAAAAUGCUAUUUCUGUGCUGCCUGCAAUGCACUCAACUAACAUGGUAAUAUUGACUACAGUUACCACAGGAUUAGUUUGACUGCUCCUAAGCUUCUACUGGCAGUUCAAUUGUGGGAAUUUGACAAAAAUGACUAGGGUUGGUUUACCAUUGUUUUGGGAUGAAGAAAUGUACGAUUUCUGAUACGAUGUUCCCAAGAUAUGAAGUUUCUUAGCUGUAUGCAUGAGUUUGACAUAGUCAGUGGGCAUUUUUUAAAUCAAUGGUAGAAAGACAGUAGUUGGGAGGGACAGUGUCAGUCAGGUACUACAGGCUUUGUUCAUUAUUGUCUAUUACGGGUAGAUAUGGAGGACUGAGGAUCCCACUACAGGUCUGGUGUAUGAAUAUAAUUCCCUCGAGGGGUUGCCUAUGUUUUCUGUUCCUCUUCAAGACCUUUUUGUUAACUUUCCUGUAUUUUCUUUCAUGAAUAAGAUCUUGUACAUUUGUCAUAAUAAAAAGGUUUAUAACCUGG